CUACUACUAUUACUACUGGGUACCGAAUUUGUGCUUGUUGCUGCUUGAACUGGGUUCUCUGUAACCCUUUCUGUUGGAGCAGUGGAAACUAGUUUUGGUGGUUUAGUAUUAAACAGCCAAGCUCGCUCUUCAAGAUUGUUUUGGAUUUUUGAGAAUCCUUUUGUAGGUUUGACUGGCGGAGUUUCUUUUGUAUAAAGUUGAAAAGAAAUGGAUGCUUUCUAUUUUCUUAGAAAUGCCAUCUUCGGUGUAACUUAUGUAGUCCGCCUGCCUAAUUUUAGCUCAAGAUAUGUAUGACCUUUUGAAAUACCUGUCCAAACAUCGUGCUACAUAAACCGUAUCAAUUUCUGAUCAUUACUGGACUUUCUACCGUGGGUUUAGUAUCUUGGAUAUGUGAUUGAUGUUCAAAGCAAUUAUUAUGUAUGGGAAAGUUUUGUAUAUUUGGCAACGAAAAAGGAAGCUGGGCAAAAAAUUAGAAAAACAUUAAUUAGUUUUGAGUUCAUUGCCUUUGCACGUGGCAGUUAAAACUCCUUUCUGCCCGCCCCCCCCAACAGAGAGAGAGAGAGAGAAAGAGAGAGUAGUAAGUCUGUCUCCAGAAUUUGAAAGGUGAACCGUAAGCUUUUUCUUUUUCUUUUUCUUUUUCUUUUUUGGUAUUGGGAAUAUAAAGUAAAAGGAGAACCAAAAGCUUUUUUUUUUUGGGCAUUGAGCAUAUUUUCUGAUGUUAUUGAUAGAGAUGAAGGUGCUUCUCUAACUCAUCUAGUGGAGCAGAAAACGAGUUCCUUGUUGCGUCUAAUGUUGGUUAACCACAUGUGGUCUUCAUCCCCCAUAGAAGUUCAUUGAAGCAUACUGUGAAUUACCUUGUUGGGUGGUUUGGGCCUUUUUUACUUUAUCUCCCUAACUUUUCAAAAACGUGCACUUGACCCCUCCUUCCUUGUGGGUUGUAGGUUUGGAGUAAGAUGAAAACAUCAGUCUUUCUGUCAAAACUAACAUCAACCUUGCAUGAGUUGAUGAUGAUUUUUUUUUUUUUUUUUGAUAAGUAAAAGAAGAUAUAUUAGAACAAGAAAAGGGCAAGGCCCGAGUACACAGGGGGUAUACAAAGAGCCUUGCUAAAGGCUAAGAGCUGCGAAGGGCAGCAUAAAGUUCAGUAAAAGAAGUGCCAUUUAGUACAAUAGAGGAAGCCCACAAAGCUAAAGUAUGGUAAAAGAAAUCCCUAAGGCCUUCCGGUGAACGCUCCUUAUCCUCGAAACAGCGACUAUUCCUUUCAUUCCAGGUGCACCACAUUAGGCAUGAGUUGAUGAUGAUCCUUUAUGUGAUUUACCUCUUCUGUGACUUUUUCUCAUGUGCAUCUUAGUCCAAAUCACAUGAAGUUUUAGUGCAAGGGUUGAGAAGUAAGGGAAGCAAAGUGUUAUGGCGCAGUUCACAUCAAAGAAAUAUAUGCCUGUGUAAUUGUGUUACAUGAAGUUUUAGUGCUAGUUUUGAGAAGUAAGGGAAGCAAAGUGUUAUGGCGCAGUUUACAUCAAAGAAGUAAUCUGUAGCCUGGAUAAGGGAUCGUGCUUGAUUAACUGAGGUUUGAAACUGUUGUCCACAAUUAUAGCUAUUUGUGGAUCUCAGAUGGAUGACGGAGGGCACCGUGAAAAUGGCAGACACAAAGCAGAUCAAUAUAAAACAGCUCAGGGUCAGUGGUUGAUGCAACAUCAGCCAACGAUGAAACAAAUAAUGGGUCUUAUGGCUGAAAGAGAUGCAGCCAUUCAAGAAAGAAACUUGGCCCUUUCUGAGAAAAAGGCAGCUAUUGCAGAGCGAGAUAUGGCAUUUUUGCAACGAGAUACAGCAAUUGCAGAACGAAAUAAUGCCUUGCUGGAACGGGACAAUGCCAUUGCUACUCUUCAAUACCGGGAAAACUCCUUGACGAGCGGUAAUAUGUCAUGCCCACCAGGAUGCCAAAUCUCACGGGGGGUGAAACACAUCCACCACCCACAGCAGCACACACAUCAUUUACCCCACAUGGGUGAGGCUUCUUACAAUACGAGAGAAAUGCACACAACUGAUGCCCUUGCAAUAUCACAAGUUGCUUCUGAGGCUGCUAAGUCACGACGGGCCAAACGAACGAAGGAGACCAAGGGCAUGCCAUCUGAUAAGAAGGCUUCAAAAUCUCCAAAGAAGAUAAAGAGGGAGAGUGAUGACUUGAAUAAAAUCAUGUUUGGCAAGACACAUGAGUGGAAAGGUGGGCAGGAUAUGGGUGGUGGAGGUGAUGAUCUGAACAGACAGUCAGGGAUUUCAAAGUCUGAUUGGAAGGGACCGGACCUGGGGUUGAAUCAAGUUGCAUUUGAUGACUCAACCAUGCCUGCACCAGUAUGCUCCUGCACUGGAAUCCUGAGGCAGUGUUACAAAUGGGGAAAUGGGGGUUGGCAAUCUUCAUGCUGCACCACAACCAUGUCAAUGUAUCCUCUACCAGCUGUGCCCAACAAGCGGCACACUCGCAUAGGUGGGAGAAAGAUGAGUGGAAGUGCCUUUACCAAGCUGCUCAGCCGUCUUGCAGCAGAAGGACAUGAUUUGUCAAAUCCUGUUGAUCUGAAGGACCACUGGGCUAAGCAUGGAACAAAUCGCUACAUCACAAUCAAAUAGACGUGUAAACAUCAGUGGAAUGGAGGAAUAGGAUAAUAGCGAACGAGAAAAAGCCAUUAGUGAACAGGUAUGCAUCUUCCACUAUUUUUCGUUUAAACCAAGGAUUUAUUUGGCACAAUAGGACAAGCUUGUUAGGAUGCAAGUCGGUUUACUCUCUUCCUGCAGAUAGUUUGCUUCCUCCGUUUGUCAUCUUUGUAACUUUGAUAUCAACAUAAUAACGAAUGAAAGGCUUCUCAUCUUC